UUGUACUAACCUCGAGUUGGCGAUCGCCCGCCCAGUAACGAAUCACACAUACAGUUCCCAUAAACGCCCGCCCUAAAUCCUAGCUACCUAGGUACCUCAUAUAUACAUUACACAGUUACUUCAGAUAUAUCCAAUUUCUACUCAAGUGCUAUUUAUCCUCUGACCAUUUAUUUCCUAUUUUUACUUUCCCAGAAAAUAACAAAGAUAUCAUAAAUAAAUAUCAGCCCUUACCAUGCUCGCAGCAAUUCGCGGUGAGCAGGUGGAUAGAUACACCGUAUCUGUCGUCCUCUGGGGUGGCGAGAAGGCUGCUGAAGACUCUAGCGGACACGUCGCCAUCGCUGUCCACAGUAGCGUAUCGCAGCCCAUAACUUGCCAUCUACACCACGCGCGCUGCCCGGACCAAGUACGCUUCAUCUACGAGUCGCGCCCAGAGCAGAAGUUUGAUGCUGACCCGGCUCCUCGCGGGCGAUGCGAUAUACGCGCCGACUUGUCUGCCGAAGAAGCUAGCGUCGCUAAUUCAGUACUGGCCCAUUUUGGCACCGACGAGACUCAGCUACCAUUUUAUGGCGAAGGCAACUGUCAUAACUGGGCGGCGGGAGCCAUAGGAGCAUUGGAGAAGGCGGGCUUAGCACAGUCUGGAGACGGAGAGCGUUGGGCUGGUCUGAUCGGGAAAGGCCCGUUAGCUAUGCAGACGAGCUGGAUUAAAGAUGCAGGCAGGCAGUGGGUGUCUUGCGAGAAGUUCAACCAACCCCGACCCGAUGUUAUUGAUGCGAAAUGGGGCGAUAAUAGUGGCGGAGUGAUUGCAGCGGGACGAGUUAGUCGGGACCGGGUGGAACAUUUACAAAAGUUAUUGCAAGAGAGAAAUAGUAAUUCUACCUAAGACAAUUCUAGUCCAAACCACCUAACCUAUACGCUACUAAAAUAGUCCUAAACCUUUUCGCUGGGUAUUAUACAUACAUCCUUCUUUGUCCUCUGCUCAUAUCCCCAUUACCCGCAC